UGGGCCUUUGUUCUCCACUCUCACUCUCCUUAGCCAUCUCAAUUUUUCGCUGCUUCUCCAAAAACCGUCGAUCUUAGCUCUCUCGCUACUCAUCUCUCCCUCUCUAGAAAUUCUCAUCAAUAUAUAUAAAUCGAACGUGUGUGAAGGUUGUAUUUGGAGCUGCUUUUUCCGCGAUGGACGAAAUGUACGGAAUUCAUUCAGCUGGUGAUUUCUACGCAGACAAGGCGCUAAUGUCGCCGGAGAAUCUGAUGAUGGCGGCGGAAUACGGCGGCUAUCACUACGAGACUUUUGUUCCCGGCGGCGAUCAGCACCACCAGCGGAUUCCGGGGUUUGAAUCGGAGGAAUUGGGAUUCCAGUGCUCGGCGGUGUCGGAAUCGGCUUCCAUUAACGUCCGCGGCGGCGAUCACGAUCAGGAGCACGCCUCCACCAUGAUCAAAGCUAAAAUUGCUUCUCAUCCUUCCUAUCCGAAACUGCUCGAUGCUUUCAUCGAUUGCCAAAAGGUCGGAGCUCCGCCAGAGAUAGCGUGUUUACUUGACGAAAUCCGGCCAGAAAGAGACGCGUGUAAACACGACGCCGUCUCGAUGUGUUUUGAAGUUGAUCCUGAGCUCGACGAGUUCAUGGAAACAUAUUGUGACGUAUUGGUGAAGUAUAAAAGGGAUUUAUCAAGGCCUUUUGAUGAGGCCACCUCCUUCCUCAACAAAAUCGAGACUCAAUUAGGCAAUCUAUGCAAUGAUGAUGGUGGUUUAUCAUCUGACGAGGAGCUAAGUGGAGGAGAGGCAGAGGCUAAUGACUCUCAGACGAAAACUGAGGAUCGAGAACUGAAAGACAGACUCUUGCGCCUGUAUGGUGACCACAUCAAUAACCUAAAGCUAGAAUUCUCGAAGAAGAAGAAGAAAGGCAAGCUGCCGAAGGAGGCUAGGCAGAAAUUGCUUGAAUGGUGGAACGUUCACUAUAAAUGGCCUUAUCCUACAGAAGUAGACAAGGUCUCACUGGCAGAGAUGACAGGGCUGGACCAGAAGCAGAUAAACAACUGGUUCAUAAACCAAAGGAAGAGGCACUGGAAGCCUUCGGAGAACAUGCAUUUGGCUAUGAUGGAAAAUCUCUCUGGACAUUUAUUUAUGAAUGGAGAAUGACUUUAUAAAUACUACUCCGUGUUAUGUGUUUUUGUCUCUAGACAUUGUUAAAUGCAAUCACUAUGUAUAUUAUUAGAAGAAAUUUAUGUGACUUGCUCUAAUAUUUCAGUACCGAAUAUAAUAAUUAUAAAAAAAAUGCUCUUGUCCCUGCUGGGGUUGGUUCA